GAGCUGUAUCAAAUACAUAAGUACGGAAAGGAUAGCUGCUAAAUGUUUAACGUUUACUGUAAAGCACGAGUUAUGUAACAUUGGCUGCGCGAGUCAACGGUGCGCGAAUGACUCAAGUUGACAAGUACUAUCAUCAUCAACGCCCGUCAAAUGCAAAACCAUAACAAAGACAGUUCGACAAAGCGAAUGCGUGUGUCUACUGGGUGGCCCACAGCGAAGGGCUGCCCAAUGGUGUGGGUGCGCAAGACAAAGCGAAGAAGCGUCGUUGUUUGGCCCGUGUGGUUGUCGCGCGGGCUGAUGCCGCCGCACCGAUGCCAUGCAGUGUAGCGCCGCUGCCGAGGCGCCGGAUGAGGAGAAGUUGCUUCGCACCCACGGAUUAUUAGGAUUCCGAGAUUUCUGCGCCAAGAAGGGCUCGGCCAGCCUGCGACAGCUCGACAAGCUCGCACUGGCCGGCUUGGCCCGGGAGUACGUCGAUUCAUCUCGUGCCAGGCAGGGCCCGCUGCAUAGCGCACGCUCACUGCGACGAUUUCAGGUUGGCCUCAACAAUUACUUACGGUCACUGUACGGUGGUGAUUUCGAUCUGGGCCGCGACCCAGCGUUCGCGCCACUGGCGGCUCCUUCUGCAUCGGGGGCAGCGAACGCGGGAGGAGCGAGCAGAAUGGGCCAGGCAGCGGACGCCGUGGUUAUCACAGCCGAAGACUUGACGAAGAUUGGACAGUAUUUUUGGCGCGUGAUAAACACCCCGCGCGGACUACAACAGAAGGUCUGGUUCGAUCUCAUGAUCCACCUUGGCUCGGAUGGCAUCGAGAACCAGCACGCUAUGCGCAAGGACUCUUUCGCGCUACUCAAGUCGCCGGCCGACGGGCGCCGACGGCUGCAGUGGAAAAUAGCAGGUGGAGCUUCGGUGCCUGACGACCCAGAGAAUCCGCUGUGCCCAGUGCGGACGUUUCAACUUUACCUGAGCAAGUUGAACGUGGCCUGUCCCGCGCUUUUCCAGCGGCCGCACGACGGCAUCACCAAAACGUCGCGCUUCUGGUUCCACAUGUUUCCCCUCAACAAUACCAUGCUGGCGCUCAUGAUGUAUGACAUCUCCAAGGACGCCGGCCUCAGUCGCGUCUACCCCAACUUCUGCACACAGGUGCUACCGGAGAAGGGGCGCUUCUACGAACUGGCGCGGCGCAGCCGCCCGUCCCUGGAGAGCGCCCGCAAGGAGCCCGGCUGCGCAUACAAGCUAUGUGCACAGUGCCUCACGCCCGUGCAGCUGGCAAGUGCUGGUCCCAAGGGAAUCCUUUGUUCAGUGCCCUGCUUGGAAGCCUUCAUGCGAGCAAAGGAGGCACGUCAGAAUGUGCGUGUCUCCUUCCGGGAUGGCACUCGUGUGCCUGCCUACACUCUGCCUAGUGGCCAGCCCCUCCAGGCACAGCCGCAGCCACAGCCCCGAGACGAGCUGGGCAAAAACCUCCCAGAAGAUGUCUACAGCUUCAUACAGGAAGUUGCGCGCAUCCAGGCCUUGGGUCACACAGUACGGACAGAUGGGCUGCCCAUGGUAUUCAAACAGGACGGCUCCAACACACAGGCUCGGUCGCUGCCCAUAGAGCUGCUACGGAUUGCCAUGGACGUGGGAAAGCCAACUAAACCUGGUAACGUUCAGCAGCAGCAGCCACAGCAACAACCACAACGAGUCGAAAUCAUCAAGCGUGUUCCAGCGACUACAGGGGAGCGGGUUUCUGCAAGGCCGGUGAUGCUGAGUGGUGGCCGCAAGGUGCUGCUGGUCCAGCGCAGGGAUCCUCCGCCCCCUGCACCGCAGCGCGGCUCGGCUGCGUGGCGUUGAAGGCAGCUUUCUCUUGUGAGCUACCAGCAUAAAAUGUGUCGUCGUGGGAGUGUGCAGCCCGCUGCCCUUUAGACACUGUCAAUCAUUUAAUGCAGAAGAUAGGACAUACGCAAAUGCGCGUCUCUCAUGUUUUAUUUUUAAAGAAUAUUUUUUCUUAUUUUAGAAUCAGAGAUGCAACAUCAACUAGCCUGAUCUUGCAAGUUCUUGAAGUAUCAUGCUGCACUGAUUUGCAGAAAUGUGCAGUGCUUCUCAAGAUAGUGGUAAAGUAGUUUAGUUUGUAUUCGGGACGUAAAAAAUCAUCAGUGUUUUACAAGUAGCAGUGCUCGGCAAGCUAAAGCUACCCUGGCAAAGCUUCAAAAACGUAACUGGCAGAAGACCUAUGUGGCUUGAUUAGCCACUUACAAAACAUUAAAGCACAAAUGAGACAUUUUGUACAGAAAAGGCUGCAGGCUACGCACUCCUGUCCUCAGAUAUCCUUUUGUGCUGAUGGUACUUGGUCUAUAACAAUGUCUAGUGAGCUGACGGAGGAAAUUUUCCAAAGGACAUUCCAGGCGUUACAUUGCAAUAUUGAAAGGGCCGGCAUUACUGGAACACUGUCUGAAUGUGCCUGCGCCAGUGCUUGGGACGCGGCAUGUUUGUGCCUACCGAGAAUUGAAGUGAGUAAUCUCCGCAUCAUUAACGAGGUCAUGAGCAUUGUUGAGCAGUUGUGACCCUACAUUAUCUAAGAAUCUCCUAGGUCAUUUGUAGCACUAUAAACAACUUUUCCACCAGCUGCAAGUUGGCUUCUGGUUGGAGUGUCCAUUGGACAAGUGGCAGACAUUGACGAGAUUAGUUGAUUGGCUGUGCGGCUAGUCUUGGCAGCCUAACUCGUGUUAUGAAAAACUGCUCUUUGUUGUGGAAGUUCAGCUAGGGGAACACAGCCGGCCCUUUUUUCCUCUCAUAGCACACUAGCUAGUGUUGUAGAUCAUGCAGUGUGUUCAUGGAAUUUGGUCCUGCAAGACUAUGGCCGCUGCUUGAGCCACUACAUACCCGCAUUCUGAGAGAAAAAAAACAAA